UUAAAAAAAAAUGGCACUCUGUCCAACACCUAUUGCCUCUGUACAAUUCCAAAUUUAUGUUCCUCCCCUUCUCUCUCUCAUACAUUCCCCAUUGAAAUGGUGAUUUUGUUGGUGUUCUCAAAUUGAGGAUAGCUGGUGUAAAGAUUCAAUUUUUGAUCUGUCUGAGUAAGCAAAAAGAAAAGAAGAGUACUUUUUUUUUUAUUUAUUCUUUUUGGUCUGAAAUUGGUGUGUCAGUCUUUGGAGUACAACACACAUGGAACAUGGUUGAUAAUUCAAGAAAGGAGAAAAGGUUAAAGUGAGGCUUGGUUUAGCUAAGCUUUUCUCUUUUUGAGUUGUGUUUUUUUUGAAGAAGAAGAAGAAGAGAAGAGAGGAGAAAAAUUAGAUCAAAAAUGGGUUGUUGGUAUUCAAGAUUAGAGAGAGAAGAAUUGGUUUCAAGAUGCAAAGCUCGAAAGAGAUAUAUGAAACAGUUAGUAAAAUCAAGACAAGCUUUUUCUGCUUCUCAUUCUAUGUACUUACGUUCAUUGAGGAAUACUGGUUCUGCUUUGCUUCAGUUUGCUACCGGAGAAACUGAUCUCCACCCCCAAAACCACCACCUUCCACAACUUCCACCGUCGCCACCACCGCCGCCGCCUCCUCCUCCUCCUCCGGCGACAUCAAAUUGGGAUUUCUGGGACCCAUUUGUGCCGCCUCCGUCAUCCUCGAGGUCAGUCACGGAGGAAGAAUGGGACGAGACAACGAUAACAUCGGAGGCCGCCGUCACCACCACGGUUGGAGCGGCGAGCGUGGCGGCUCCGCCGUCGGCGGUUAGCCAGUUUUCUAAAGAAACCACUUCAACAAGUGAACUUGCGGUUGUGGUCUCUACUAAAAGCAAAGACUUGGUGGAAAUCAUCAAAGAGCUCGAUGAGUACUUUCUUAAUGCUGCUGAUGCUGGUGGACAACUCUCAUUGCUUUUGGAAGUUCCCAAUUGUGCUUUUUCCGAACAAAGAUCUUCAGAUAAGUUGAUGAGUCCUUUUUCAUGGUCAUUUGGUGGAAGUUCAAGAUGGAAUGGAAUUGGAAGAUUUUGCGAUGACCCAAUGAACAAAUCCAUCAAUGGGGCUAAUGGUGCCAAAGCAGCUUCCCACUGUUCCACUGUGGAGAGAUUAUAUGCUUGGGAGAAAAAACUCUAUCUUGAGGUCAAGCAUGCUGAGGCAUUAAAGUUGGAGCAUGAGAAAAAGGGAGGUCAUGCUAGGAAACUAGAGAUGAAGAGGGCUGAUUAUGUGAAAACAGAGAAAGCCAAGAAAGAAGUAGAAAAGUUGGAAUCACAAAUGAUGGUUGCUGCACAAGCUAUUGAAACUACAUCAGCUGAAAUCAUCAAAUUAAGGGAGUCAGAGCUCUAUCCACAGCUUGUUGAUCUGGUCAAAGGGUUGAUGUACAUGUGGAGAAGCAUGUAUGAGUGCCAUCACGUUCAAACGCAUAUAGUGCAGCAGUUGAAGUAUCUCAAUACUGUGCCAUCGACUUAUCCUACCUCUGAGCUUCAUCGACAAUCAACAUUACAACUUGAGCUUGAACUGGAACAGUGGCACCUAUCUUUUUGCAACCUAGUGAAAUCUCACCGGGAUUAUAUUCAGUCCCUUACCGGCUGGCUCCGUCUUAGCCUAUUCCAGCUUGGCAACAACCCCGUACCUAAGACCAGCCAGGACAAUGCAGUUUACUCCCUUUGUGAAGAGUGGCAUCUUGCAGUCAACAAUGCUCCAGACAAAGUAGCAUCGGAAGGAAUCAACAGUUUACUAACUGUUAUCCAUGCCAUUGUGGUGCAGCAAUCAGAAGAGAUCAAGCAAAAGAAGAAAUCAGAGAUGGCAUUUAAAGAGCUUGACAAGAAAUCUUCUGAGCUUCGGUCACUAGAGUCCAAGUAUGGCCCGUAUUCUUUACCCGAUUCCUCUAGCAGUAGUACAAGGAGCAAGAACCCUGUGACCGAGAAACGAGCUAAGGUGGAUGCUAUCAGAGCAAAAGCUGAGGACGAGAAGGCCAAGUAUGACAAAGCUGUGAGUGUAACAAGGGCGAUGACAUUGAACAAUCUACAGAUGGGUUUGCCACAUGUUUUUCAGGCUGUGACGGGUUUUGCCAAUGUAUGGACACAUGCAUUUGAGUCGGUAUAUAAUCAAGCUAAAAAUACUGAUCAGGUGCAUGAAAUGAAGAGGAUUUUGCCUUGAGAUACAGAGGGCUUCAUUGUGGUCCAGGCAGCCAGCAGGAAAAAUGUAUAUAUGUGUUCUUGAAUUCCCCCCUACUGGUUUCCCAGUAUGUGCUAUAAUUUAUUGGGGAACUUAGAAAUGCAGAUUUUCUUGAGUGUGAGCGAAAGAGAUGAUUACAGUUUAAGCAAUCAUCGACAGUGUAAGUAUGGCUGGCUGAUGGAGGUAGAUGAUAUAGAUUGCUAGCUUUUGGCGUUAGAGGAUGUUAGGAUUUUUGAAGUAUGCUUUAGCUUUGCUUAGAAACAGUUACUAGUGUUUUCCAUUUGUCCUUUUGGAUCAAAUGUUGGGAAAAAAUAGUUUUGCAAAAGUUGAAUUUAUAUGUUGUUCUGUGUUGCUUUCAA